ACCUCUGUAGGAAAAAUCAAACUCACAUACUUACCGGAUGAGUCUGUUUCUUACCGAGGACAACCUUUAUUAGUGUCUGAGUCAGUCUUCUGGUGCAAGCAAAGCAACCAGCUAGCGUGGUCUUUGGGUGGGUGGUGUGUGGAAAUUGGAUAUUGAUGAGAACGCAGACUCUACACACCUCCCCAUACUCCAUACUCCAUACCCUUUUCAAGUUUGAAUUAAUCCCUUCUUGUUUUGUCCCCUAAACACCAAACCCUUCCAGCUGUCAAGAUUUUCUCCGUAUUAUACUAAUCAAAUUAAAUAUCAUCAUACAUUAAAAAAUCAUUCAGCGCAUUUAAACCAUCGUGCCCCACCCCAUUUGUACUAUACUACUAUGUAACAAUUACAAUUACAAUGUGAUUCUUUUUUACACAAUAAAGCCACGAGUAUGGCAACAAAAUGCAAGUCAUAUAGUACUUAAUUUGACUCGGUAAAUUAAAAUUUUAAAAGAAAUCUUGCAAGACUAGCUAGCUAGCAUCACCUAAGUUCUACAUAUAGCCCAGCUAAGAUUGAGCUAUACUCAACUCAACACAUCAUUCUCUCUUUCCCUCUCUAUCUCUAUCUCUCUUUCUCUGUCUCUUUUCUGGUUGAAGUUUGAAAGACAAAUACACCAUGGCAGAUAUCCUGAGUGAAGAACAGAUUGUUGAUUUUAAAGAGGCCUUUGGCUUGUUUGACAAAGAUGGAGAUGGUUGCAUUACUGUGGAAGAACUUGCCACUGUCAUUCGGUCAUUGGAUCAGAACCCCACUGAAGAAGAGCUCCAAGAUAUGAUAAGCGAAGUCGAUGCAGAUGGCAAUGGAACCAUUGAAUUUGACGAGUUCUUGAGCUUGAUGGCCAAGAAAGUCAAAGACACUGAUGCAGAGGAGGAGCUCAAAGAAGCUUUCAAGGUUUUUGACAAAGAUCAAAAUGGCUACAUAUCAGCUAGUGAGUUGAGACACGUAAUGAUCAAUCUAGGGGAAAAACUAACCGAUGAAGAGGUGGAGCAGAUGAUUAAAGAAGCAGAUUUGGACGGUGAUGGCCAAGUUAACUAUGAGGAAUUCGUCAAGAUGAUGAUGACCGUUCGAUGAAACACUCUCACCUAAUUAAUUGGAUUGGACACAGAUUUGUUAUUCAAAAUUCAUUGGCUUCCAACCUCCCAAGAAAUAAGUGUUCUUUCUUUAUUAUUGUUUGUUGUAUUGUACUAUUAUUCUACUUGUACUUAGUAAUGACCAAGCAGUAGAUUGGCACCCCCAUUCCAUUUGAUCCAUUCCAAAAUUAAAUUACUAUUCUUGUAAUUUUAGUUCAGUACAUUUUCUAUCCUCCGAGAGUAAGAAACCCAAGGAGCAUAUCUACCAUUAAUUAUGCAUGACUUUUACCAAGUGCCAUAGUUCUCAUACUUUAAUCAAAUGGUGGCUGGUGGGUGUGUUCCAUGGAUUAAGAAAA